CGAAUCAGAAAGACUUCCUGUUGUGUGUGCUGUUCUGUAAAUGCUGCCGGGUAGUUUAGGGCGAUUUAAAACAGUUUGUAGAUUAAUUUAAAUACACUUUAAAAAAGGGAGACUUCUGUAUAAAACUGCACGCAAAGCGAGUUGUGUCGCCUACCUGAAGUUUAAUACAAUUAACACAGUUCCCCGCAGUGCUGAUAUGAAGGCUGUAUUUGUGGUGCUGUACCUCUCUCUCUCUCUGGCUGUCCUGUUGGUCGACGCCACGCUGUCCAAGACCGACGCCAAGAAAGCCGCCGCCAAAAACCAGGAAAAAGAGACCCAGCUCUCAGACCGGCUGGCUCAGGACCGUGGCUUGGUGAUCACAGACCCUAAAGCGAAGGACAUCGUCAAGGAGCAUGGGCGCUACUGCGGGGACAAGGUGCGGGAGAGACAGCUCAGCGGAGCCGUGCUGGGGUACAUCACUCCGUGGAACUCUCAUGGUUACGAUGUCGCCAAGGUGUUUGGGCCCAAGUUCACGGCGGUGUCUCCGGUGUGGCUACAGAUCCGGCGCCGUGGCCCAGAGUCAUUCCACGUGACUGGACUCCACGACGUGGACCAGGGCUGGAUAAAAGCUGUAAGGAAAAGUUCCAAAAAUAUUCAGAUUGUGCCACGCUUGCUGUUUGACGGCUGGACUCUGCAGGACUUCGAGAGCGUAUUCGAGAGCGAGGACGAGAUCGAGGAGCUGGGCAAAGAGGUGGUGGAGGGGGCCAAGGCUGACAGGUUUGACGGCUUCGUCCUCGAGGUGUGGAGUCAGCUGGGAGGUCAAAAGCGGACGGAGCUGGUUCACCUGGUCACUCACCUGUGUGAAGCAUUGCGGAGCGCCCGACUCGCCUGCAUCCUGGUCAUCCCCCCCGCCAUCGCCCCCGGGACCAACCAGCCCGGCAUGUUUGGGAAGUCGGAGUUUGACCAGCUGGCUCACAUUGUGGACGGAUUCAGCCUCAUGACCUACGACUUCUCCAGCCCAGGGAGGCCUGGUCCCAGCUCCCCUGUUCCCUGGGUUCGAUCUUGUGUGCAGCUGCUGGAUCCCCAGUCCCAGUGGAGGAGUAAGAUCCUUCUGGGGCUCAACUUCUAUGGGAUGGACUUCUCUGCAGCUGGGGGCGGGAUGGAGCCAGUCUUGGGGCGCAGGUAUGUGGAGAUCCUGAAGGACCACAAGCCCAGGCUGCAUUGGGAUGAGCAGGCAUCCGAACACUACUUUGAGUACAAGAAGAGUAGUGGUGGGAAGCAUGUGGUGUUCUACCCCUCCCUGAAGUCUGUGCAGGUGCGUUUGGAGCUGGCUGUGGAGCUGGGCACGGGGGUGUCAGUGUGGGAGCUGGGGCAGGGGCUGGACUAUUUCUACGAUCUGUUCUGAGGAGCCGUGGGAAGGAAGGGGAUCGGGACUCUGUAGCCUCAACCACUGCUCACACUGCACUGACCAACGGAUUUAUACACACGUGCAUGCAACAUUUAACAAACACUGGUGUGAAUUGCGAAGAUACUGAAAGAAACGGAAUAAACUCAGCGACAAGUGUUUCGACUAGAAGUCUUUCUCAGUUUCCUCAACGCCGAAGAUAUUGAGAAAGGUUUCUAGUCGAGGUGUUUGUCCUUUAACUCCAGUCUGUUUUAGCAUUUGUAAAUUCAGCACUGUUUGAGAGUUUAAUGGUGGCGGAGGCUGUAAUACCCCUUGAUAAAACUGGAAGAAAUCUUCAGCUCACAAUU